UUGCUCUUGCAGGUCCGUAAUCUUAUCGUCAAAUCGGUCAAAUGCAUGCGUGUGCAUGCAGCGUGUUUUUUCAUUCCACUACUUAAUUUAUACCCGCUGAUAAACUUCUCGAAAUAGUGCUGUAAACAUAUACUUGAAUAAAAGCCGAGAGCCACGAUUUUCGAUUGCAAUAAAUUUGUAUAAAUAAAAAACAAUGGGAAGGAGGAAGAGUAAAAGAAAGCCGCCACCAAAGCGCAAGGCUAUUAUGCCCCUCGACACCCAGUUCAACUGUCCUUUCUGCAAUCACGAAAAAUCCUGUGAAGUUAAAAUGGAUAAAUCGAAAAAAACAGGUCGGAUAUCAUGUAGAGUUUGUUUAGAAGACUUUCAGACAACCAUAAACCUACUCUCGGAGCCUUUAGACGUUUACAAUGAUUGGAUUGAUGCCUGCGAGGUUGCCAACUGAAUCACCUC